AAACAACAACAAAAAUAAAUAAAAAACAAAAAAAGAGAGAAAAUAAAUACACUCUGAUCAGAAAAAGGGGAGAGAGAAGAAAAAAAAAGGAACGAACUUUCCGUCGCCCAUGAAACAAUGGAGAUCGGAGAAGAUCAUCAUCCUUCAUGAUCACUGACCCUCCAAGCCAAGUGAUGAUGAAUGUUGCAGAAGAGUUGUGAAGUGAGAGGGACUGAUGUGUUCUGGUGGAGGAGGAGAAGGAAAACAAUGGAGCUGUGGAAAAGCAGGAGUAGUGAGUUUGCAGAAAGUUGGAUCUUUGGUUCGAGAUUUGAGCGAGCCUUGUCUUUCACAGUCACACAUUCAGGUUGUUAUCACUAUCGGCAAAAUGCUUAAGCCAGAGAAGUGGCAGGCGUCUUUUGAUAGUGAUGGAAGAGUUUCUGGUUUCCAAAAGGCCCUCAAAUUAAUCAUUUUGGGGGGAAUCGAUCCGUCUAUUAGAGCUGAGGUUUGGGAGUUUUUACUUGGCUGUUAUGAGUUGAGCAGCACCUCUGAGCACCGUAACCAACUCAGAGCUGCCCGAAGGAAACGGUACGAUGAAUUGCUCAAUCAAUGCCAGACGAUGCAUUCAAGCGUGGGAACUGGUUCGCUUGCCUAUGUUGUUGGGUCUAAAGUCAUGGAUAUGCGGAAAUCUUAUAGAGAUGAGUCGGUAAAGGUUGCUACUACUACAGAUGAAAACAUAGAAGAAGCUUGUCUAGAUGAUAAUACUGAUAAUCAUCACAGUGAUUGGAGUAAUAAUGGUACUGAUGCACCUCAUGUACACAGAAGGGGAAGCUCUAGUGAGUCUAUUGAUUUAGUAAGCGGAAGAGAUAGUCCCGAGGGCGUUGUUUACAAAACUUCAUAUGGCUUUGCUGCUUCCCCUGCCGGCGGUUAUUACGACUUCCCCUCGCUGCUGCCGGUUACAGAUUUGUUUGGGAGGAAGAGUUUAGACAAAAUUGAGGUUUCUACGCCAGACAGUGAGAUAAGAUCUGAGGAGGAGGAUGAGGAGGGAAUGCACCAUUUUCGAGUUGAUAAGAAUGCUGAUUUAGUUAGAGAGCAGCAACAGCAUAAGCCCACCACUACUUCAGAGAUCGAAGUGAUGCAUUCGGAUUCUGUUGGACCAUCGUCUUAUCCUGGUCCUGGCUUGAGAAUAUCAGAAAUAGCAUCAGUAAAGGAGACUCCCUCUCGUGUAGGGAACGUCACAGAAGAUCGAGUGUCUGAAUGGCUUUGGACAUUGCAUCGAAUAGUUGUUGAUGUGGUAAGGACGGACAGCCACCUAGAGUUCUACGAGGAUCCAGGAAACCUAGGAAGAAUGUCUGAUAUCCUUGCGGUUUACGCUUGGGUUGAUCCUGCAACUGGUUAUUGCCAAGGAAUGAGUGAUUUAGUCUCUCCUUUCAUCGUUCUUUUUGAAGACAAUGCUGAUGCCUUUUGGUGCUUUGAAAUGCUCAUAAGAAGAACGCGGGCGAAUUUCCAAAUGGAGGGUCCAACAGGAGUGAUGGAUCAGUUGCAAUCACUGUGGCACAUACUGCAACUCACAGAUAAAGAUAUCUUUUCUCACUUAUCGCGUAUUGGUGCUGAGAGUCUUCAUUUUGCUUUCCGUAUGCUUUUAGUUCUGUUCCGGCGAGAAUUGUCUUUUAAUGAAGCUCUCAGAAUGUGGGAGAUGAUGUGGGCAGCUGAUUAUGAUGAAUCUGUUGCUGAAGCUCUGGAGAAUGAUUGCUUGGAGCCUCUGGUGAUUCAUCUUCCGAGAAAAUCUGAAGCCGAGGUGAGUGAAGAAGCGGUAUACGAGGGAAAUGGAGUUAGUAUGAAGAGGGAACCAACGAGUUCAAAGAGCGGGCCUAUUUCAAGGAGCAGCGGUUUGUUGUCUAGGAGCGGUUUGCUACCGAAGAGUGGUCCUUUGCCAAAGACAGGUCCGCUCUCUGAGGAGAGUGGGAUGAAGUCGUCAUCAUAUCACUUAUGUGGUUUGACAAGAAGUCUUUGGUCAAGGAACGAUAGAACAACAACAAGAACACCGCAUGUCCCUUGUGUAGUUUCGGCAAUCAGGAGAGGAGGAGAUGAUGCUCUUCCUGUCUUUUGUGUGGCGGCGAUUUUAAUCAUGAACAGACAUAAGAUCAUUAAGGAAACUCGCUCUAUUGAUGACAUGAUACAGAUUUUCAAUGAUAAGGUUCUUGUAUUUCGAGUAAGGAGAUGCAUACGCACAGCCAUGAAGCUUCGUAGGAAGUACAUGUAUAAGAGUCAGGUAAUCAAGAUCAAGAGCCACACUAACCAGGUUCAGAUCGAGCAUAGAACGCAUAUUGAGAGCCAGAACCAUGAAGAGACUCAAAGACAUGGUGAGACCCAGAGCCAAACAAAGAGUUCUUCACAUCAUAGUCCUCCCGCUCAGAAUGGUGACUAAGUCAGAUUCUACGUAUAAACAACAGUAUAAUAAGAUAAAACUAGAACGAAGAAGAAGUAGCAGCUUAGACAACAAGUAGGUCAUCUUUUGAUAGUGAGUUUCGAGGAAGAGGUUUCUGUCGAAGACAACAUGUUUGACAACCUUUUUGAGCUACCAGGAAGGGAGGAACAGGCAAGAACAGACUGAGAAGCUUGUGAGACAUUGAAUGGCUUGGCACUACACAAACUGAGAGAGAGUCUUAAGACUCUCAUGAACCAAAGAGGUUAGACACAAAUAAAAAAAACAUUAUUUUCUCUUUCGUGCGUGCGGGAACAAUUUUGACUGCAUACACUUUAUACUUAUGUGAAUACCAGUUAAAAAAAAUCUACUUUUUAGAAAGAAACACACAAAGAAGAAUCAAUCUCUGUUAGUGUUAGCUGCAGAGAAGCCUUUUUCACGGCGAUCACAAUGUAAUGAAUGACAACAUAAAUCUAUAUCAUAAACAUAGAGUUUUCAAUCUU